AGCGAUGGCACUCCCUGUCACUGAGUGAUUAGGUUUUUUUAGUUUCAUUCCAAGUUCGAAUUCUGUAAUUUGCCUUGAUUGUUACACUCACAAUGGUGAUUGCAGCACGAAAUUCAUUGGUAUCUUUUGUCUCUAUAUCGUCUCUAUUUUUGUUCUUCUGUUUGUCACCAAUCCUUGCCAAGUCUCCUCAGCCAAUCUCCGAUGCUCAAGUCAGGAAGAUGAAGCUUCAGUGCUAUGCUGAUAUUGACAGUGGAUUGUGGGGUUGGUCAUGCAAAUCAUCAAUGAUAGCAAGGGAGAAUUGUGCUCUGCGAUGCCUUUCGCCCGAUUGUUAUGAGCUCAUAUAUGAGAGUGACCCGCUUGAAGAGGGAGAAAAGGACUUUUUUCGGAGCCAAGAAUUCAAAUAUUGUAUGCAUAAGUUGUCCUUGGGGGAGAGUCUUGAGGGUGUUAAGGGUGCCUUCAGCCACUAAUCAACAUAAAAAUUCAGAAUUGGAGGCAAAAACAAGUUAUGGAAAAUUUAAUUGCCCUAUUGAAUUUAGAUUAUAACAAAUGUCCAGGAGUCCCAAGAGCUUUUUCUUCUGAGGUGUUAAUUAUAAAUAAACCAAACACAAAUAUAUUGUCUUAGAAAUCCAGUAUAAAUUAGAACCAAACAACGUUUCUCAAAAGGCUAGUGGCUUAGUUUUGUAUUCUUCAUGAUUCUGUAAAGGUAGCAUGCAAGUUACUUUUUCCUGUGUAUCUUUUCAAUUAUUAAUUGACCAAUGAUCUCACUGUUGAUGUUAGGGGCAGAACUAGAGGGUGACCCUUCUGGUUAUUUGUCAUAAGUGUUGUUCUUUUGUUUUUUUCUUUUACUAUUUGAAGGUUAUGAUCCCUCUGAUCUUAUUGAUUUUUUAAUGGCUUAGAGGUAUGAACUACUUCCUCCAGUGUCCACCUUAAGGUAAAAGUAUCCUGAGCA